AUGAAUGAAAAGGAUUUAUAUUAUGCUAUUGAAUUAACAAGUCUCUUUAAUCCAACACCAAAAGGUACAAUAUUCAAUUUUAAUUCUAUCUAUACACCAGUAUUUGUUGAAAAGUUGAUUAUUUUCCAAAUAUUGAAACGAAUGAACCAUUCAGAAUUAUCCACUGAAACUCUUCUUCCAGAAAGAGUCAAUUAUUAUUUAUUUUGUUUCAGAUUGGACAAAUAUCUUGAAGAUAAUCCCUGUCAAUCAACAAGAAUGAAAGAUUUGAAGAAUAUUGUGGAACAAGUUGCAACAAAUUUCGAAACAUCAUUUUAUACAAAACAGGAAAUUACUGAAAUUAUGAAUUUUGCCAACAAGUGGUUUGAAAAUGAGCAAACAUUUGAAAAUUACAAACAAACCUUGUGUAAAUAUAAUGAGCUGAGAGGAGAUUUAUCAAAAGUAUUCAAAGCUCUCAAUUAUUUCUAUAAUUAUUUCAAAAAUAAUUAUGAUUUUAUUUCAUUGUUAGGAUAUGGAGGUGAAGGUGUUGCAUUCAAAGUAUUUCACAAAAGUAGCAAAUCAUUAAGGGCAUUAAAAUUAAAAUAUGAUCCAGAGGAAUCUGAAGAAUCAACAAAAGAAACCAUUAAUUUAUUGAAAAGAACAGAUAUUGAAGGAAAGAUCAAAUGUUUUGAUUGUGAAAUUAUUCAAAAUCAUUUAUAUUCAGUGAUGGAACUUGGAGAGGAAUCAUUAUCAAAUUACAUUUCAAGAAAUAAUGAAAGUGAAAUUUAUAGAAAUGGAUUCAUUAAGAAGGAAAAGUUGAUUGAAAUUCUUGAAAUAUUUAUCAAAGUAUUGAAAUCAGUUCAGUCAAUUCAUGAUCACAACAUUUUGCACAGAGAUUUAGAUCCUCAAAAUAUUGUCAAAGUUCAAGAUCAUUACAAAAUUAUUGAUUUUGAAACAUCAAGAGUUAUCAAGACAGGUAAUUCAAUUACAAUUGCUCGUGGAAAGUUUGCAUACAUGUCUCCUGAAGUUUCACAUGAUAAUUAUUCUGAUGAUUUAUUGAAAAGUGGUGAUGAUGAAAAACUUGCUCACAAUGUUGGACAAAUUACCAUUUCGUGUGAUAUAUUUUCAUUGGGAUGUAUUUUAUUGAAAUUAUUAACAAAUUGUCCUUUGCAAUUGUGUGAAAGAUUUGUUAAUGAUUCAGAUAUCUCUAAAUAUAAUGACAAGUAUCCAUAUUUUAGUGGACAUGGAAAAUAUUUCUAUACAGUUGUAACAACAACAGAGGGAGAAAUGAAAUUACAUUAUGCAAUUGAAAAACUAAUCAAUGAAACGAUUAAUCCAGAUUUAGGAGUGAAUAACAUAUUGAUUAGAAGCAUUAUUAGCAUGAUUCAAAGAGAUUCAUCAAAAAGAUUGAAUUGUUAUUCUCACAAGUUAACCAUUGAGAAUAUUUUGAAAUUUUUGAAAGGUGAAAUCAAAGAUAUCACUUUGAAUAUUGAAAAGGAAAUUGGAGAAUUGAAGAAAAUCUCACCAUUAAGGAGCUACUCUCAACUUGCAGAGGAAGUUGAUAAACUUUCUGAUGAAAAUACCAACCUAUUAGAAAGAAUUAACCUAUUGGAGGAGAACUCUUUACUGGAACGAAUUAAAAUAUUAGAGGAUGUUGACAAACUUUCGGAAAGAAUUAAAAUAUUGGAAGAGGAAAACAGAAAACUCAAAAAAAACAAACACCAAACCUGGUUGAUAGAUCUGUGA